AUGGGAAGGAGUCCUUGUUGUUCUAAGCAAGGUUUGAACAAAGGAGCAUGGACAGCUAUAGAAGACAAAAUUCUCACAGAAUACAUAAAGAUUCAUGGCGUAGGAAAAUGGAGACACCUGCCCAAAAGAGCAGGUCUCAAGAGAUGCGGGAAAAGUUGCAGGCUAAGAUGGUUGAAUUAUCUAAGGCCUGGCAUUAAAAGAGGAAAUAUUACUAGCGAUGAAGAGGACCUUAUUAUCAGGCUUCACAACCUUCUUGGAAACAGGUGGUCCUUGAUUGCUGGACGGCUUCCAGGACGAACAGACAAUGAAAUCAAGAACUACUGGAAUACCAAUAUUGGAAGGAAACUUCGAAAUGUUACCCCAAACAGUUCCAUUAUGAGUGGUUCACGAAGCUCAUUGCACUCAGCUCAAGAAGAUCCUAACCUCAAAACUCAAGAGUGGAACUGUCCUUACCCACCAAAUAAGGAUUCAUGCGUAGUUCAUCCUAAAGCAACAAGAUGGACUAAGGUCACAGUACUCACUAGAGAAAUUAUUCAACUAAAUGAGAAUAUUGAAGGGAUCAAUGUCGGUGAUAACAAGAUGAAGGGAUCACCAGUGUCAGUGUCACCAUCUUCAGAGUGUAACAUUGAUCCAUUGGAUUUCAUGGAAGAUUUUGAGAUGGAUGGCAAUUUCUUUUCGGAGCUCCUCAAGAUGGAUUUUCCUGAACCAUCAUUUUUGGAAAAUAAGAUAAUGGAAGACAAUGGUAACCCUAGCUUAGUCGACAAGGGCCAUAAUUUGUGUCCAAAAUCAUACAAUGAUGCCCACUUCCCUUGGGGUAAUUCAUUGUAUGAUACAGAUUUUGAUUUUCAAUCAGUGGCUACUUAUAUGGAGUCCGGAUUUGAUUGGCUUUGA